GGCACAUGUGUAUAUAACGUGCUCCCUGUACCCAAGACUACAGCACAGAGACAAGGCACCACUCCAUCUGGCGUUCGGACGGGAGGAGAGGAACCAAAGUUUGCUGCUGGAGAUGGGGAGUCGGGCCAAGCUCUCCUCGCCUCCUGUUGUGCCAGAUGGAGCUUCUUCCUCGACCAUGCAGGCCGCCAAGAAGAUGCCCACACUGAACACGGCGUACAAUGCCGGGCUGCUCCAUUCCAUCGCCGGAGAAUGGAAUCCAAACAUCAAAGGUGUGUUUUCCGGGGUAGGGAUGGAAGAAAUGUGCAAGAUAAAGGAUAUGGGGAACAACAACCGUAUCUUUAGCAUGUCCCUCUUAGCUAGGAUCGAUCCCAAAACCAUGAAGAUGGACAUGGGACAUGGAAAUUACAUUGAGGUGAACUCUAGGGAGGUAGCAAAGUUCUUAGGGUUGAAUCCAUGUGGUAGGAAGAUAGAUAUCCCGGGCGGCGCUUGCUUAGCAGACCGAGAACGGUUGCUAGAGAACUUGCAUGCGAUCUUAGAGACAAACAUGGCUCGCACUUGUAAGAUUCCUGUGGUUAGAGUUAAGAAAAUCAUCCAGAACGCAAGCAAGGAGGCCAUGGUAGGAGCAGAGAAAGAAAAGAUGAUGGUGGCGUGUACAAUCAUAGCCGCAUCCUCGUUUCUCCUACCUAGGGGAGCACACCCAAAAAUUGCCAAUGAACUACUGCCCGUUCUAGCUGAGCCAAAUCAAAUCUCCGACUAUGAUUUCUGCGACUACGUCGUGGAGGGUCUAAGAGAGGGUGCGGCCAAGCUGAGGGAAGAUCUACGACAUGAGCCAGCUCAGCUUAGUCUGCAGGGGUGCCUUGUUGUCCCACAGAUCAUUUGAAUGCGAUUAUCAUGAGCACGGGAUGGAGGGACGCGAGCUGCUGCCAUUCCCUCGGCUAGCAUCGUACUCGGAUAUGAUGUUGAAACUGCAGAUCAAAAAGCAUGCAGCAAGGAAUGGUGUGGAUGCUGGGUUUGAGGCUGCGGAUGUUCCCAGAUCGUCGGCAUUUAAUGUUGCUUCUGCUAGCCCGGCUCAAGCCCAAGCCUGGACCACGCCGAGUCCUAGUGUGCAUGACGCUACCCCUGGAUUUGGUGUGGCCCAUGAGCCAGCGAUAAGUCAAGAGGUUCUUGACGCCAUGAAGGAAGCAAUGCAACAUCGCCUGAAGCAACGUGAGGAUGAAUUCCUCAAGAUGGUUGAGGAGACACAGGCCAAAGUGUUUGAAGAAAUCAGGAACAAGGUGGAUGCUAAACGGCACAGAGACCUCGAGGACACUCUUGGUGAUUUCAUGGGGCGUGUGAAGAAACAAGCUCCAAUGGCGGCAGCAUUUCCUAACAUGAGCAAGACCUCGCAUCGUCCCAGGACGAUGACAGUUGUUGCCCAAGAUCUGGCUGAAACUUCACGCGAAGCUGCGAGGUCUCUGAUGUCAGUGGUUGUUGCUAACAAGGAGACACGUGUCCAACCAGCAGAAUCUCAUGGUCUGGCUGCUGCAACCAGAGGGGUGCAAGGACCUCACCUGAAUGCAUGCCCUGGGGUGCUUGUGGGUUUGCUUGGCAAAGAAACUGCUGUCCAGGAGCCUGUUGAUGAACCAGAGGACAAGCCUAUGAUUGUGGAUCGCAAAGGCAAGGGGCCGGCUAUUGACGUGGUCUACCGCAGGUGCAGUAGACAGACAACCAUGCAUGAGGUGCUUGGCGUGGCAGGUUCUUCCUCUAGAGAUCAUGUGCAUGUCCAUCAUCCGGUGGUUGCGUCCGUAGACACUGAUAUGACUGAAGCAGUUGUGCCGGAUGCUUUGCAGAUGCAAAAUGAUGGGCUUGCAGGAAUUGCCACGACCACACCAAUAGGGAACAGGAGGUUGGCACUGCCUGGUAAUGGGGAACAAACCAACCCGGUCCCUCUUGCGGUUGUUCCUGCUUUGCCACCUGCACGUGAUUACGGCUACUCUCCAUUUGAGCUGGAUCUACAACAUUUUUUCUACCCUAACCAAGUAUGCCUGGAUUUGUACGAGAGCGUUGAACUUCUCAGUCGGGCUUCUGAGCUCAGCAGGACUUGGUUCGAGCAUCACACCCCCACGGUGCUACAGAUAGAUGGGCAUAAGAUGAAGUACCAAUUCAGUUUGCAUGGUGAGAUGAUGUACAAUGGCCUUGACGCCUGGGUGCGUGGUUGGAACGACAGGGAGAGGAGCAUGAUGCAGAGAGUUGAUAUCCCAAACUGGAGAGGAUUGCUACCACAUGAUGAUGUGCUCCGCAUUGAAAAUAUUGAUACUGACAACGCCCGUGUUGUGCUCAUUGCGAUGCUUUCGACGCCCAAGCUUGGUUUCCCACUCUGCAUGUGUCGUCUGCUCUUGUUCCCUCUGUGGCUUGCUAACGACUGGUCCCUAUACGCCUUCGACAUGGAGCUGACCAGGGUCACGGUGAUGGACCCAUUGUACACGCAGGUGGGGUCACCAGUGUACAAGAGGAAGCACGGGGCGACCGUGCGCAUGCUGCUUAAAGGGCUCAAAAUCCUGGGGACCAUCCUGUUUGGCGGUUGGGAGAUGGAUAUCUCCAAAUGGACUGUUCGGUACAACAUUGAUAUGCACAUAGCUUGUGGUAGCGGUGAAUCGCCUGGCUACAUUGCGCACUAUGCGGACAACUUCAAUGCUUACGAGCUGGAGGAAGCCGUUCCUGAAGUUGGUCUUCCCCUGCGUCGGAAAAGGAUGCUCUAUGAGACAAUUGCCUGCUCGGGUAACACUGCUCCUCACCCAGGAUUCAUGGAGGAAGUGGAGGUGGAGGAGUAGAACACUGGACUCCAUGUUGUCGACAUGUCACCCUUUUGGAGCUGCUGCGUGCAAGGACAUGUUUGAUUACAUCCGGUGAGGAUGGAAGUUGUACUUUUUUUGUAGCUGUCUUGUUGACAGUUCUGUAAGCCCAUUGUGUGAUGGGCUUUGCAAUGUGCUAUGUGUUAAACCUAUGUGGUGCUUGUCUAAGUAUUUUGGCAUGGAACUGUACCAGCCAUUGAAACCUAUGACUAAUCAAUGUUUGUUUCUAUGGAUGGUGUAUGCCGGAACUUAUCAUGGUUGAACUUGUGCUGUUUUCAAGUGUUAAGUUUACUCCCAUAAAAUCACUGUGGAUGGCUCUGGAAGCAGCUCCCUUGGCACGUGACGGGUCUGCCAUGCAGGUGAAUUCAAAAACACUUGUGACCUGUGAGAGCCGUUGCCCACCACUGCUUCCGAAAGGUGACCGUUGGUGGGAGCCCUUGGCUAUAUAUACACCACGUCGGCUAAACUACGUUGGGCUUCACUCCAGCAGCAUCAAAACUUCCCAAACACAUGUCGUCCUCUUUCUCUUCGAGCUCAAGGUCUGCUUGUUCAUCCCAGAGGCGUUGGGCUGCCACAAGCAGGUCGCUGGUGCCGUACAGGGUAGGUCCUCUUGACUACGAACCAGCGACGCCAUGCUGGUGCAAGAAGAGACCCAAGGCCGCCAUGUGGAUCUCCUAGAGCGAUGAUAACCCUGGAAGAAGAUACAAGACAUGCGCCAAGUCGCGGACUGGAGGCUGUGAAAUGUACGUGUGGCAUGACGAUCGUAUUGAGGAUCCGUUCCUCAAACAACUCCUCAUUGAUCUCCGCGACAGGGUGCGUCACUUAGAGAGGAUCAACUCAGAGUUACGAGAUGCAGCAAGUGUGGUGGCACAACACCGCUCUACCCAGCUAGAACUACCUCCUGCUCCUAUAGACAAUUUAGCUAUGAAUCAAGGACCUGGCUAUGUCAAGGGUUUGCACUGUUCAUGCUGCUGGCAGCAUUUUGUUGCAAGUGCUUCUUCGGUUAGGAGCAGUGAACUUUUAACUGCAUCCACAAAAAAGCUUGUGUUCUAGAUGUGAUAGUUGUAACCCUAGCAGUCCAUCAGCUGUUGUUGAGUACUUGCCUUUGUUUUUGUCCUAGCAGUUGAACUUGUACCUCUGAAUGUAUGUGGUAAACUAGUGUGAACUAGUUGCAUAUGAAAUUUGGUUUCUAUCAGA